AUGGACACUUCUGAUCAAGAUUUGCUGAAGCCGGAGUCUGUGCCGGAAGGAGAAGAUGUGGCUGCUUCAAUUCCUGAAGAAUUAUCAGAGGAAGAACAAGAGCAUCUCCGGAAGGAGCUUGAAAAGGUAGAGGAGGAAAUUUAAACACUUAGUCAAGUGCUGGCUGCGAAGGAGAGACAUCUGGCUGAUCUCAAACGGAAACUUGGAAUCACAACUUUGUCCGAACUGAAACAGAACAUCUCCAAAGGGUUACAAGAUGUUGCCUCCACAAACGUAUACAAAAAGACAUCAGAAACCUUAUUUCAGGCUGGUCAGAAGGCCUCUUCUGCCUUUUCAACAGUUGGUUCUGUCAUUACAAGUAAACUGGAAGAUGUCAAGAAUUCACCCACAUUCAAGUCUUUUGAAGAAAAGGUGGAAACUUUAAAGACCAAAGUUGGUGGCAGCAGACCAGCCACGGGAGAUUUUGGCGAAGUGUUGAACUCCACAGCGAAUGCCAGUGCCACAGAUUCUUUAACUGAGAACGAUCUGGAGACCCAGUGA